CUCGGUUCUUCAGAAGGUUGAAAGAAGUCACGUGCUCGCGGAGUCCUUUUGACCGAAAGUAUGAACAGCUUGAACGUAGUGUCAUUACGUAUGUUACAGUAGACCAUGCGUUUCAUAUAACAGCAAUGACAACAAAAGACAUCUACGGACAGAAAAAAGUCAGAGAAAUAGAAAACACGAGUCGAAAUUUUCCCUUCGAUGGCAUCAUUUUGAGCAAAGAUCCUGAGCCUGAAGUCAGUGGUCAACGAAACACGAUAUGGCGGUUCCUUGUAGCAGAUGAAACAGGAUCUAUAGUCAUGAAGAUAUGGGGACAGCAUGGAGAAUACUUGGCUGAAGGAGACAUUGUCCACCUUCAUGACGCUGAAAUUCGACUCUAUUUAGGAUUUCCAUACCUAACCUUAUCUCGUUCAGGACAUGUUCUGAGAAUUGGCCGUGACACAUUUUUAUACAAUGACAAGCCAAAUCGUAGCGAAGAACUGCGUGACGCUAAUGCGCAGUCGACGCAAGGCAACGUUCCAUAUACACAACAACAGCGCAUGAAUAAUAACGUGCGGCAAGGAGGGGGGAAACAGGCGGCGAUCAAUCCUGCAAAGUUUCCUCAAGCUAAUACUCAGCACACAAAAACAUCGUCCAACUCAAGUGGCCCAUUCAAUCCAUAUCAGCAGGUUCCAUCCCCAGUGAUACCAUCGUCGUCUUCCAAUUCCCCAAGAGGUGGCUUUAGUAGGGGUGGUCGUGGAGAUAGAGGUGGAAAACGUGGUAGUCGAGGACGUAGAGCUUUUCGAGACAGGGAUCAACCUGAUAGGCCAUCACCCGGUUCAAUGCAAGAGAGACCGUCAGACUUUCAAGAUACGGAUUCCUCAGCAUUGCCGAUGAAGAGGGAAGGUGAUGAUGGCAACCAACCUCCAAGACAAAGGUCACGCAUGAAUUACGACAAAUGAUGGGUCCGUAGAUGUAAUCCACGCAUUAGAGCCUGCCAUUGCUAAUAGCAUGCUAUUUGGUAAUUUACAGCAUCAGAGGCAACCUUUCAACAAUUGACGGAUGCCA